CCCCCGGCACAGCCUCCCGGGCAGGCUCCGGCUGGAAGCAGCACGGCCGCCGGGCCGGAUCUUUCAGGCUGGAACAGACAGCUCAGAGACAGGGUGAAGAGUCAAAUACAGCUUGUUCUAUGGAGGCUUUAGAAAGAGCACCAUGGGAAACCUUUCCUGCCGCUAGAGGCUCAACGGUUUGGCCAGUGAUGGUGCUGUCCUAAUGCUGUCCUGUGGAGGAGGAAAGCCCUGAAGUGACCAGGAUGGGGAGAGCGAUGUGCUGCGUGCCGGCUGCUGCGUGCGGGACUCCUGAGGGCAGCCGAAGGGAAGCGAGGAACUGCCCGUGCCCCGAGCGGAGCUGCCCGCUCCUCCCGGAGCCUGGCGAGGAAGGGCUGCAGCCGGAGAGUAUCGGCGUUCCGUGCUUCGUCAGCCCGGCAGGACUGUGGCUUUGAUUCCGUCUCGCUCCUGCCCUGUUCCCGGAGGAGAGGCACCGUCCCGCCAUGUCUCGCUACAGCCUCCACAACCUCCUGGACUGGAUGUAUGGCGGGGUGGACCCCAGCUUUGCCGGCAAUGGAGGGCCGGAAUGCGCCGCCUUUCUCUCCGGUCAGCAGCGCUUGCUGGAGAGUUUGGUCUUCCUCAGCGUGGGCACUGUGGAGAUCCUCGUGUCCCUGUGGAAGCUCAGGCAGCAGCACGUCCGGGAGCUGGAGAAUCUGCUGCAGCAGCCCCAGGCUAAGCAGGAGAGCCUGGGCAAGAACGUGCUGCUGGUGCUGCUCUGCCUCAUCUUUGGGCUGGAGGUGGGGUUCAAGUUUGCCACCAGGACUGUCAUUUACCUCCUGAAUCCCUGCCACGUGGUCACCAUGAUGCAGAUUUUUCUUCUUGCCUGUCCCCCAUGUCGGACUGCAAUGAUUCUCUUCAGGUUGCAGAUGCAUAUGCUGAACGGGGCCCUCUUAGCAUUGCUGUUUCCUGUUGUUAAUACACGCCUGCUUCCAUUUGAAACGGAGAUUUAUUACAUCCAGCACGUGAUGCUCUAUGUUGUGCCCAUCUAUCUGCUGCAGAAAGGAGGUAUCUACACCCCUGAACCGCUCUGCAAUUUCUGGUGGGCUCUUCUGUCCACGGGGUUUAUGUUUGUGUACCAUUUUAGCAUCUUGCAGAUCCUGGGACUGGUUACAGAAGUGAAUUUGAACAACAUGUUGUGCCCAGCCAUCUCAGAUCCUUUUUAUGGGCCCUGGUACCGGAUCUGGGCCUCUGGACAUCAGACUGUCAUGACCAUGACUCAUGGGAAGCUCAUAAUUCUGCUGUUCCACAGCGCUGUCCCCACCUUCAAAUGGAGCAUGGACUUGCUUAGACUCCCAGCUAAGAAAAUAGACUGAAAUUCCUCCCCACAGAGUAGUUCAUACAGCAUCAGAGAUAUACUGGAAAACAGAGGGGGGAUGAGAGGACAGUGGCUUUAUACUUCUUCCCACAGUUUUUUGCCUCUAAACCACCUCUGUAAUGAAGUGAGUUUUUGGGUUUUUUUACCUGCUGUUUCUCACUGCCUAUUGCCAAUGGCAAAAUUAGUGGCCUUAUUCUGGGGAAGGUUGGUGUUUUAUACAUUUUGUACAGAUUACAGUAGAAUCUUGCUAAGCCACCCUUUAAAUUUAGGCCAGGACCUGUCCACAUUCCAGCAAAGAGAGUGGCAGUGCUACCUCCUUUGGACUCAUUUUCCAUUAAAGAACAGCACCAUUCUAGGAUAGGAAACAAUCUGAAUUGUAGCACUCUCUGAUGUGAACCAACGUGCUGAACUGCAUCAUCCUGGCUUAACUCUUAAAGCUGCAAUGUUCCAAAAUGGUCACAGGAAAUGGUGCACACCCAAUCUUCCAGUCAGAAGUGUAAAACAGUGAGGUCCUAAUGUAUUUUCUUUAAGCUAGUUGAAAAUGUUGGGGAACAAUAACUCAUUUUAAAAAAAGAAAAAUCAACUACUGAAUUUCUAAGCUGCAGUAGAUAAGUAUUUAUCUAGUGAAGUCCCAUCUUGAUGCCUUGGAGAUGCUUUUAUUUUGGUGAAGGGAAAAAAAGGAUGUUGUAAUAAUUUCAAAAGACCAUGUUAUGUGUAAGCCAUGAUAAGAUAUUGCAUUCACUGUUCUGUCCUGAUUUUGAACAAAAUGGGUUUUUUUUCACUUACCUUAGACUGGAGAAGGAGUGGAGAUACAAAAUCCAAUGUAAACAUAAGUUGUUGGGUUUUUUAUACUUAGUAGCUUUUGAAACAUUCCUGCUGUGUCUGUGCUGAUCCUCACUGACCAGACUGCUUGGUGAGAAACCAAAUGAAACUCUGUUCUCUCCCUACAGCUCUGCUCUAUCAUGUGUACUGAUUUUAAAAUACAGCUCUAGAGAGGAAUAUCAAAUCAGUGCAGGCCUCUGCUGCAAAGAACACGUUCCAGUUUAGUAGCAUGACCCAUCAAGAUGUCUUUUGGAGAACAGGAUGGAGGUGGGCACAAUGCUCAACUGCGUGUACCUGCUCCAAUUUUGCAGGAAGAGAAACCACUGGGCAGAAAAAAGGGAAAUCCUGACUGUGUUCUUCCAGAAUUGUGAGUCCAUUAUGCAAACUGUUGUGUUUCAGGGCUGCAGGUUUUUCUUGUACAGAACUUUGUGGGAAUUUAUAGAUUCAUUUUGUUGUCAAAGCUGUGACUUGUAAGAUAAACCAAAACCAUCAUACCUCCUCCAGCUGCAUCACCUGAAGGUUUGUGCUGAAGUUAAGGUACAGACAUUUAUACCUCAGGAAGCAAAAGUAAGUUGAGGGUUUGUUUGUUUUUUUUUUUUUUUCCUUAAAAAAGAAAAAAAAUUCCUUUGAAGUAGCCACUUAAUCCCUCACAAAUAUUUUUACUCAAAUGUUGUACACCUCAGUCAGAAAUACAUUGUCCCAGAUUCUGAUUUACAAACUGGUUUCUGGAUUUUUCCCAUGCCUUGCUGUAUGUGUGGUAUAGAUAUAAAAAUACACUAUAUGCUCACAACUUGAGAACAUGCAGCAUGUACCUAAACUACCCCUCAGGCACAUACAGCUGGUGUUAGUUAGUAUUACAAUAGAAGGACUUAAGACAAAUUUUGCAAGUAUUUAGCAUUAUUAUUUGCUUAACUUAUGGGGUUUGGUUCGUUUUCUUUUAGUUCCUUUUUCUUUUUUUUUUUUUCUUUUUUCCCUGUCAGGAUACUGUAGUUUCUGGAAACACUUCCUAAAUAGGAGCCUUCUCUUUUUUUCCUUUUUUAAACAAUAGCAUUUCCUAUCUGUAAUCACCUGCCUCAGGGCAUUCUAAACAAGUAUAAAGCAGCUGCUGUUUGUCACCAUUGUCCCUCUGGUCAAUUAAAACUGCGGGAGCAAUUAAAUGAGCUCAAGUGUCUCACUCAGUGCAGGCUCUUUGCUUGCAGAGCAGAAUUUUCGAGCUCUUCUGGCUGAUUAAAAUUCAGUGGCAGGAGUGUGAGCAGAGCUGACAGGGCCGUCCCUGGGCAUGGAAAGGGAUUCCUGGUGCAGAGCUGCUGCCAGUGGCUGCCCCUGCCUUCCCUGCUGAUCCCUCCUGGGCUUUUCCCUGACGCUGCUCCGGCUGUUUUGAGUCCCACAGAAAUUGGAGAUCGUUUCACCACAUGGAGUUUGCUGAUGGAGCUGCUCAGCAGAGCCAGUGGGGCACUUUGUACUGUCCCAAAUCCUGUGUGGGCACAUUCUGGAGCUUGCUGAAUCUUUCAUCCCAAUUUAAAAUGGCUCUGAACAAGGCAUGAGAGUAGAGAGGUAACCAAGUACUGCACUCAAGGAUUUUAGAGGUACUGCAGCUGCAGUGAAGGAAUCAAAUGGUGCAGCUGGAGGCAGGUGUGAAGGCAGGCAGUGCAACCUUCACCUUUUUAAAGCUUUCUUGCUGUGCAGUGUCAGUGAGGCUGGUUGAGUUAGAACUGAACCAUUUAGGCUGGAAAACCCCUGAGUUCAUCAAGCCAAGCACUAACCCAGCACUGCCAAGCCCACCACUCAUCUUUAUCCCCAAGUGCCACACCUACACAUCCUUUAAAUCCCUCCAGGCUUGGUGACUCCACCACCUUGUGCCAUGGAAGAGCUGUUGAGGAUCCCUGCAGUGCUGUUUUUUCCAGGGAUUCAGACACUGCAGUGUCUGAGCUGGAUCAAUUUAUUUUAACUUCCUCUUUUAAGCACCAAAGGAGAAUUUUCAUCUUGUUUCUUUUGAAGGGUGCAAAGGAACAGCUCUUGCCCAUGUGUUUAUAAAUGGAUGGAAAGCCAGAGUCUAUGAACACACACCUGGAGCUGGUUUUGGUUCAGCUUCUCAGCUCAGAGCUGCUGCCUUGGUGAGCCUGGGAAACAGGAAAGGUCAGUCCAUUUGCAGUCCAGUCAAACCUUGAGGUUAGAGAGUAUCUAAUUGUAGGUUUCUGGCCACAGAGUUUUGAUAUUUCUGUAUAUUUGGUAAUUUUAUAAAGUUCAGUGGUAUUUUUCACAAAUGGCUAUUUGCAGCUGUUAAUUGACUGUACUUUUAUGUCCUAAGUCUUGCAUCUAAAUCAGAACCAUUUGUUUUCUAUGCAUCCAUAGCUAAUGGGAAACAGUUGUGGUGUUUUCUUCGGUGUUGCAGUUGUAUCACUCUGGGUGGAUCCUUUGGAAUUAAAUUUGUCCUUAGAGGUAACAAUGCUCUAAUAAAGCCAAACCCCAGGAAGAGGGUAUAUGUCAGCCCUGCUGGGAGGGUUCUGCUUUGGUGUUUUCAGUUCUACAGUGACAGGACUCAUGAAUCUGUUGAUUUUUGUGAUCUCGUACUUCAAGUGAUAUUGCUGUAAAUCUCUCUUGCAGCUGUUGGUGUAACUUCGUCAAAGCCAAGCUGUUUUAUACAUAAUUUUAUUUUUCUUUGGGGUCAAUUUUGUACUUUUAAAAACUAUCUCUGCAUUUCCUGAGUCGUUAUCCCAAUGCUGCAGAGGACACAGCAGGCAGGGCAGUGAGCACACCCUGCUCUCCCCAACCACACUGUGCCAGGGGCUGGGCUGGAGCUGCAGGGGGGCUGCAGGAACCUGGGGGGCUGCAGGAACCUGGGGGGCUGCCCACCCCACACUCCAUUCCCAGCAUGGCAUUAUCCAGGCACAGAAUGGGUUGGCGAGGGCAAGGAUGGACCUGGAUGGGCUCAACUGCCACAUAUGCUGUUAGUUCUGAAUAAUUUGUAAGUGUUAUAAAUUUUGUAAACUUUUUAAUGUGCUAAACUUUGGUUAUGAGGUAACAUUUACAAAUAAGGGGUAAUUUGUGUACUUGUUUUCGUAUUUUGCUCUGGUGGGCUUUUUUUGCUGUUGUGCCCUAAGUCCAGAUCAUUGGGCAAAUAGUUGUUAAACCUCGGAAUUAAAACAAAUAAAUGCAUUUUACUGGA